AUGGCCAUUGUACCAGUCCUAGCAAGGUCCAAACGCAGUGGCUUGUCCAUUGAAACAUACGCCUUCAUGGACCCUGGCAGCAGCGUUUCAUUUUGUACUGAUGAGUUAAGAAAAAAACUCGGCCUUGGAGGCAGGAAAGCAAGGAUUACCCUGGACACUAUGGGUACAUCCCAUACACUUGACACACGCAUAGUGACGGGCAUCGAGCUUAGCAACCUGGAAGCCACACACACACUCGAGUUGCCAAAUGUAUACUCCAAAGGCUCUAUGCCUGUUUCACAUGUUCAUAUUCCUCGGAAAAAAGAUAUCGAAGAAUGGCCACACAUGGAAAGAGUACAGUUGCCCGACAUCGAUGCAGAAAUAGGGCUCUUAAUAGGUAAUGAUGUUGCUGAAGCGUAUACCCCACUGGAAAUUGUCACUGGACCUCCUGGAAGUCCAUAUGCUUCCAGAACUGCUUUGGGGUGGAUACCAUGGAAUGUUGUUAGAAAGGGCAACGGCAACGAGUACAAGACUGACAGUUAUCCAUCCAACCGUGCGGAAGUAACAGCAAUUGAGGAGCUGGAAGAAAUCAAGAAACUGAAUCACGCAGUGACAAAGGCAAUGCAAAUUGAUUUUCCGGAGAAUGGCAAAAAUGAAAAGUUGGAAAUGUCACAAGAUGACCGCACAUUUCUCAAGUUAUCUAAUGACAAUAUGAAGUUCAAAGAUGGUAAAUUUGAAAUACCACUUCCAUUCCGAAACCGAAAUCAUCUGAUGCCUAAUAACUAUUCAUUGGCCGUCAAGAGACUUUCAUCACUGCGAACGAAGAUGCAAAGAAACGCAGACUUUAUGAAAGAUUAUACAACCUUUAUGGAAAAUAUGAUCGAAAAGGGGUAUGCGGAAAAGGUCAAAGGGGAUAAGCCUGAUGAGAACAACUCACGUAUAUGGUAUAUACCACAUCAUGGUGUAUACCACCCCCAAAAGGCAAACAAAUUUCGAGUGGUGUUUGAUUGCGCAGCCAAGUUCCAAGGGAUUUCCUUGAAUGAUAUGUUGCUGCAAGGUCCUGACCUGACGAACAGUCUCAUUGGUGUGCUAGUAAGAUUCCGGCAGCAUGAGAUUGCUCUUAUGUCAGACAUUGAAGGAAUGUUUCUUCAUGUGAAAGUACCAGAAGCAGACCGUGAUGCCUUAAUUUUCCUUUGGUGGGAACAUGGAAACCUAACCCAUCAACCAACUGUCUACAGGAUGACGUCCCAUUUAUUUGGUGCCACGUCAUCUCCGGCAAGCGCUAAUCUAGCGCUAAAGAAGACAGCAGAAAACAACCAGCACAAAUAUAGCAAGAAGGUAACUCAUACUAUACAUAACAACUUUUACGUUGAUGAUUGCCUUGUGUCUGUCGAAAGUGAAGAAGAAGGAGUAAACCUAGCCAAAGGGCUACAAGAGCUUUGUGCAGAUGGAGGCUUCCGACUGAUAAAAUGGAUCAGCAACAAUAGAUCGGUGCUGGAAUCAAUUCCUUUGGAUGAGCGAGCUCCUGCAUUCAAAGAACUGGACUUAAACCAGGAUGUCUUACCUAAUGAAAGGGCACUGGGUGUGUAUUGGUCGGCGGAAACUGACAAGUUUGGCUUUAACAUCAAGACUAUGACUAAACCAAAUACUCGGCGAGGUCUUCUCUCAAUUAUAAGUUCCGUGUUUGAUCCACUUGGAUUAGCCGCACCAUUCAUCUUACCAGCAAAAUUCAUAUUGCAGGAGCUCUGCCGUAAGGGAGCUGGUUGGGAUGACAAAAUAGAAGGAACCGACUUAGUGAGGUGGAAACAGUGGUUAGAAGAGUUGCCAAGACUGGAGGAGUGGAGUAUGCCCAGAUGUUACACACCUAAAUCCUUUGGCAAGCUGGUUUCAUGCCAGCUGACGCCAGUGAGAAUGGCUAUGGUAUGGUGGCAUACAUAA